UAUUUAUGGUAAUCUGUGGUUAGUGUGGUUAUGUUUUGCUGAGAUUCCAUAAUAUUUUUAAUCUUAUUUCUUCUGGUUUUUAUUCCACUAUCAUUUUAAACUUUUCAAGUUAAUAUUCUAGGAUUUCUUUGGAACCGACGUAAAUACAAGGAGUAGUACCAUAUAUAUUAUUCCAAAAUGAAAGUGGAGGCAAGUGAAAUAGACGAGACUAUUGAAUGUUCAGAAUUUGGAGAGAACUUCAAGAAUCAAGUAGAAAAAAUUGAAGAUAUUGAUAUAUCCGAACAAUUCAUCGAUGAGAAUGGCAGUCAUGAGAGGAUAAUCAUCUCGCAAAACAUUGAAAAUGAAUCAAGAUAUCCAUCCAAACAUAAUGGUUUUAUGUAUGAUUCUUUAAAAACAGAAGAAUUGCCCCAAAUUCAUAAAGAAUCUUUCCAUCUCAAUAUGCAGAAGCAUAAGUGUCACCUUUGUGAUUAUGCUACAAAUCUGAAAAUGGAUCUCAAGAGACAUAUAAAUACUGUUCAUUUAAAUUUGAAGGAACAUAAGUGUCACCUGUGUGAUCAUGCUGCAAAUCUGAAAAUAGAGAUCAAGAGACAUAUCGAUUCGGUUCAUUUAAAUUUGAAGAAACAUGAGUGUCAUAUGUGUGAUUAUGCUGCAAAUUGUAAAAAAAGUCUCAAAUAUCAUGUAGAAAAAGUUCAUUUAAAUUUGAAGGAACAUAAGUGUCACCUGUGUGAUUAUGCUGCAAAUCUGAAAAUGGAUCUCAAGAGACAUUUAGAUUUGGUUCAUUUAAAUUUGAAGGAUCAUAAGUGUCACCUUUGUGAUUAUGCUACAAAUUGGAAAUUUGAUCUCAAAAAACAUAUAAACUCAGUUCAUUUGAAUUUGAAGGAACAUAAGUGUCACCUGUGUGAUUAUGGUGCAAAUCUUAAAAGAAGUCUUAAAUAUCAUAUAGAAUUAGUUCAUUUAAAAUUGAAGGAACAAAAGUGUCAUCUGUGUGAUUUUGCUACAAAUCGCAGAUCAAUUCUCAAAAGACAUAUAGAAUCAGUUCAUUUGAAUUUGAAGCAACAUAAGUGUCACCUGUGUGAUUAUGCUGCAAAUCAGAAAGAUCAUCUUAAAAAACAUAUAGAUACUUCUCAUUUAAAUUUGAAGCCACAUAAGUGUCACAUGUGUGAUUAUGCUGCAUACCAGAAAGUGCAUCUUGAGAGACAUAUAAAUUUGGUUCAUUUAAAUUCGAAAAAUCAAGUACCACCUGUGUGAUUAUGCUACAAAUCGGAGAGGGAAUCUCAACUAUCAUGCUGGCUGUAUGUCAAUAAGUGGAAAUUUCACUUCUAAAUAACCAAAUAUAAUUUUGCCAGAUAAUGAAAAUAUCUUUAUGGAGUUACAUAAAAUGAACAUAAAAUAUCUAUGUAUACUUGCAAAAAUUUUAUUUUGUCACAAAAGGUAUUGUCAAAAUGUGGUCAACUUACAAACAAAUAUUUAUCAAAUUAGAUUGUCAACCUAAAUUUAAAUGAAAUAAUUCUUCUGAAUCAUAUUAUUGUUUUCUCAAUAUAGAAUUUUCAAAUUUUUGUUUGUUAUAAAACAUUUUUCAUAUAGCAUAAUCUUUUUUUUUUUCAACCAUACAAUUUUAUCUAAUAGAAUUCAAAUUUUGUUAUAAUAAAAAGAAUUCAACGUAAUUUUUACAUAAAAUAAACUAAAACUACAAAUAAGGUAAUAAUAAUAACUAUUUGUUGAAACUUAUUUAUCCCACAAUAAAAUUUUAAUAAAAGGAA